AUGCCCCCACUCCCGGGAGCAUCGCCCUCACGUCAACCGGUGCACUCGGACGCGGACUUUGCGCAUCCCUCCCAUCCCUUCGCCCUUGUCGUCAACGUUCCGCUUGUAGACAUGACGCCCAGGAACGGCUCAACUGAAGUGUGGCUCGGCACGCAUAACCACCCGGACGGCCUCGACGCCCAGGAGGGCGCACACGGUCACCGAGCCAGCGGUCGGAUCAAAGCAGAUCGCCUCGCAGAAUGGGAAGCAGCCCAUGGGGGUCUAUCGCAGCCGACUAUCAAGAAGGGCAGUGUUAUCAUCCGCGACUUGCGACUGUGGCAUGCGGGGAUGCCAAAUACGAGCGGAGGUGUCCGCGUGAUGCUCGCCAUGAUCCAUUUCGCAAAUUGGUACAGAAAUCCGAUGAGGCUUGAGCUCGCUGAGGAUGUCAGACCAGUGCUGGAGGGGUUGGAUUCACGGGGUGAGCUGGGCUUGGAUGUACCCGUUGAUUGGGUGCCAAAGGAGGAUGUGAUGAAGGGUUACCUCAACAGGGCCUUUGGAAACGCCUAUGACUUUGGUCAGGCUCCAUGA